CCGGCAAUCCGUGGGGACCACCAUAACAUCCAAGGGAACCCAACCCAACCCGCAGAAGAAGCCACCAAUCCUUGCAAAUCCCCUUCCUUGCUCGGCGAUCGCCUCCGGCUCCGACCUCGCUCGCGUCGAUUCCGCCGCGCUCGAGCUCGGUUCCGGCCCCCUCCCAGGCUAAGCAACAAUGGGUUUCAUCCAGAGCACUUUCUCCCUUUUGAUCGGUACCGGAGCGGGCAUCUACAUUGCCCAGAACUACGAUGUUCCGAACGUGAAGAAGAUCAUGUGGGGCCUGAUGGGCAAGGCGAAAGAGCUGGAAGACUCCUACAAGAAGCCCACCGACGGCAAGAACAAGGAGUAAUCCGUCUGACCGUCACCCCUACCUCCUGUCUAUGGGACCAUGACCGGCUUAGCACUCUAAUUGUUAUUACUUAGGUUCGUUAUCAUUUGAGGAAUGACUCUGUCCACUCUGUCGAUCUCUCCGUUUAAGACCCUGUACUGAAUUAGUUGGCAGCACGUUUACAGCUGGGAAUCUGUUGGGUAUUUGGAUGUGCCAGUAUUGGAGGUGCU